GCCACCACCCCCAUGGGCUCCUGCUGCCACAUCAGGAGGUGACAUCACAGCAUCCUGUCCCAAAAGGGGAACUGAAAGCAGCUCAACGCCGCUCCCUGACCCCACUGCAGUCUCUCCAUCCCCAAGCUGCUCCUGAAUCAUGGCACCCAUGGCGCUGGCCCUCAUCCUGGGUUGGUGGCUGGCGGCAGCGAGCGGAGCACAGCAACUGCCCCCACCCUCCCUGUCGCUGCACCCCAGCCACGGGGUGUCCCUGGGGGACGCUGUCACCCUCAGGUGCCACCUGACCCAGUCGGCUGCCUGGGUCUGGCUGUACAAAGGAGAACAUUGGACAUAUCGCAAGUACAAGGACGAGGAGGAGGACACUGCAGAGUUCUCCUUUGAAAGCACAAAGCGGGAGCACGCAGGUUCAUAUCGGUGUCAGUACCGGGUGUCCUGGUCAGCAUUGACAUCAGAGCUGAGCGACCCCGUGGAGCUGGUGCUGACAGAUCGCAGCUUCCCCCCACCCAGCAUUUCCCUGAGCCCUGCAAAACGUGUGGGGUCAGGGACCAACGUCAGCAUCCAGUGCUGGAACCAGGGCUGUGGGGCCGACUUCCUCCUGUACAAGGAUGGGUGCUCAGCCCCCAUCCAGCGCCAGGACUCCAAUGGUGGAGAUGCAGCAGAGUUUACUCUGCUUGCGGUGACCCCGGCUGACAGCGGCACCUAUAGGUGCUCCUACCGCUCCAGGAACCACACCUCUGUGUCCUCACCCAUUGGGAACAACGUGACUCUGGAGGUGGCACCCACACCUGCACCCCCAGGUGGGUCUGAGCCCCCCAUUUCGGUGACAUGCACACUGCUGGACCCCUCAGGUGACGCGAGGAGGUCCCUGGUGGUGGCGGUGGUGAGGGGCUGCGCUGCUGCCCUCGUCUUCGGCCUGGGCCUCUACUUUGUCCUCGAUGCCCGCAGCCUCUGGAUACGAAGAGAUGACAGCCCUGGUGGGGAAGGCAGCUGAAUCCCUUUGACACCCCAUAGAGCAGCUUUAGAUCCCCCCAAGUACGUUCUGCUUCCUC